UUUCUUCUUCCCAUUUUCUCUUUGUGUUACAUUAUACCCUUUUCUUCGGUCUCUACCUUACAUCAAGAUCUAUAUGAUCUCUUCCUUCUGUAUAUAGGCUCACUUCUCGGAUAUGAUACUUUUGAUUUCAGUUCUCGCAUCCAUUUUAAAAUUUCCCUGAUGGGAAAUUGCUUUGGUUCUUCCACGAAAGUAGAUAGCAGAGAAAGUCCUUACCGUGGAUCCUCAAGAAUCUCUGCCAAAAGAGGUCAAUCGUCACGGCUUUCAAGCUUAACCAUACAACCAUCAUGUUGCAGCGAUGACAGGAGUUUCGCUUCUCUUAAAACUCUGAGGAGUGAAGGAGAGCUCUUAGCAUCUCCAACGCUAAAGGCGUUUACGUUUAACGAGCUAAAGACAGCCACUAGGAAUUUCAGACCAAAUAGUGUUAUCGGUGAAGGCGGUUUUGGUUAUGUCUACAAAGGAUGGAUCGACGAACGCACUUUAUCGCCUUCAAAACCAGGUUCAGGCAUGAUCGUUGCUGUCAAAAUGCUUAAAGAGGAAGGGUUUCAAGGACACAGGCAGUGGUUGGCGGAGGUUGAUUGUCUUGGGAGGCUUCACCAUAAGAAUCUUGUCAAACUAAUUGGAUAUUGCUCGAAGGGUGAUUACAUUCGGCUUUUGGUGUAUGAGUACAUGCCAAAGGGAAGCUUGGAGAAUCAUCUCUUUAGACGUGGGGCAGAGCCGAUUCCGUGGAGAACAAGGAUGAAAGUGGCGAUUAGUGCGGCGAGAGGACUUGCUUUCCUUCACGAUGCUCAAGUCAUAUAUCGAGACUUCAAGGCCUCUAAUAUUUUACUUGAUUCGGAGUUCAAUGCGAAGCUUUCUGAUUUGGGAUUGGCGAAAGAAGGGCCAACAGGAGACAGAACACACGUAUCAACCCAAGUGAUGGGAACUCAAGGCUAUGCGGCACCAGAAUACGUUGCCACGGGUCGGAUAACGGCCAAAAGCGACGUCUACAGUUUUGGUGUGGUCUUGCUCGAGUUACUGUCGGGACGUCCAACUUUAGACAAAUCGAAAGUAGGAGUGGAAAGAAAUCUGGUGGAUUGGGCAAAACCUUACUUAGGAGACAAAAGGAAAGUGUUUAGGAUAAUGGACACAAAGCUUGGUGGACAGUAUCCUCACAAAGGAGCUUGUUUGGCUGCUAAUACUGCGUUGCAAUGUCUUAAUCAAGAGGCUAAGUUAAGGCCAAAUAUGUCUGAUGUGUUAUCUACUCUUGAAGAGUUUGAGAUCAUGUGUAAGUCGGGUUCUACUUCAAACUCGGUCAUGAAAUUGUCAUCUUCUUCCUCGUCUCUAUCGGCGACACGGAGAGUUAGAGCUCCUGUUGCUGAUCCGGUGUUGUCUAGUAUAAGAUGUCGACGUGUUCGGUGAAGUAGCAACCGCAGAUAGUAGUUAGGCCAGGUGUGUAUGUACUUUAUUUUUGGAAAGGGAGCUACUGUGUGCGUUUUUGACU